AAACCUAAUCUUUAAUUGAAAAUGCUUCGUUUAGUUGAAGAACCUCUUCUUGUGCUAUGUGUGAUGUGGUUGGUGCCUAUUUCAGAUGCUUGUGAUCAAUUUCAAAUUUCAAAAACAGGGGUUUCUUUUGUCGAAGCUAUUCAAUACUGUGAAUCAAAUGCCCUGCAGUUAGUCAACAUCAGGGAUAAAGAAAAAAAUGACGCAAUUGCUAAAUUUCUGCUAGAGAGAAGUGUUGUUCAUCCUGGAGAAGCCAUCUGGACUUCGGGUAGCAAGAAAACUAGUGACACAACAUGGCGUUGGCUUACUGGUCAAGAAGUGACAUUCACUAGCUGGAACACUGGUGAACCAAACAACAAGAGAGGCGAGCGGACCUGCAUUUCAGUCUAUAGAUCAAAGUCUGGAGUUGCUGUUUGGGAUGAUGUACCGUGCGAAGCGAAUGACAUAAAAUACUACCCCUUGUGCGAAAAAAGAAUAUGUUAUCUUUAAGGUGAUACAGUAGCGAUCAACAGGUAGCCAAAACGCAUUCCAAGAUUGCGGCUGUAAUUUUGAAUAUUUUUUAGAGAUAUUUGGCACACGUAUUCGUAAUAUAAUAAAGAAAGGCUGUCCAGAGCCCAAUUUGAAAAAUAUAUUAAUAUGUGGAAAUUACUCUGUAAUUAAUUACAAUAUUAAAAAAACGAGCCUGUACCGCCAUUAAGACGAACAAAAAAUACACUUUCUUCAAAUAAACUUUUUUAUCCGAUGCCUAGAUUUUGUGUCAUUUUGGAACUAAUAAAAUUUUUUAUUUCAUUAGUAGUUCCAAAAUGACAUAAAAUCUAGGCAUGGGAUAAAAAAGUUUAUUUAAAAAAGUGUAUUUUUUUGUUCUUCUUAAUGGUGGUACAGGCUCGUUUUUUUAAUAUUGUAUUUAAUUACAGAGUAAUUUCCACAUAUUAAUAUAUUUUUCAAAUUGGGCUCUGUACCGCCAUUCUUUAUUAUAUUACGAAUACGUGUGCCAAAUAUCUCGAAAAAAUAUUCAAAAUUACAGCCGCAAUCUUGGAACGCGUUUUCGCUACCUGUUGAUCGCUACUGUUUCCUCUUAACUUUACUCUGUGCAUUAGGUCAAUAUUUAACCAUUUUGUGUUAUCAAAUAAAAUAUCAAAUAUA